AUGGCCACCACCCGGCCGCACAGGUCGUCGACGGCCGCCUCCAGACUCCCGCCCAUGAACAAUCAGAUAGCCGAACUCCGCAGCCUUGCCGAUGAACUUACGAGAGCCUCCGAGUCCACCCCACCGCCCCCGGACGUCCUCCAUGCCCAGAGCAAUGCCCUCCGCCGCAUGCGCCAGCUGCUCAUCGAGUCCAACAACCACACCCACACAAAGGAUGCCUUUCGCCAUGUCCGUGGCUUCGAGACGCUCCUCGUCACCCUCCGCUCUCUCUCCGGCUUCUACAAGCCCGCCGAGCUGUCCCCCACCGACCGCAUCGACUUCUUCGAGGUCAUCAAGGCCACCCUCGAUGUCCUGUCCGACGCACUGAACGAGCAUGCCGGUAACAGGCGAUUCUUUGCAAAGCGAGUCGAGAAUGGUGGCUGGAAUGCCCUCGAGCAAGCCCUGGCCAGCACGGGUAUCUUUGGCGGCCAGUCCCAGAGCAGACGUGACGAUGCGGGGCAGGAGCAGCUUUUCGGCACCCUCUUCGCCUUUGCCCUGGGCGAAGAGACAAUGACACGCAUAUUCAGAGACGUCGACAAGACGGUUGAAGGCCCCCAAUCGGGCCAACAGGACCAUGCUCCGCGAGUGGACGGCGGGGAGCUGCCCGCCGAGAUUGUCAUAUCUAGCCCGCGGUCCAUGUACAGUGACGUCGAAAUAGAUGUCGAGUCACUGCGCGCCCAGGUGCGCGCCAUAUUCAGCGGCAAUGAAGUACUACAGAAUCCAGACAUCAUGCCCACCAUUUUCCAUUUUUGGCAGGGUCUGUCUGGCGAGGAUGCUCCAGGCACACACUCCAAGCCUCUCUCCGUAUCGGUGCUCCUUGCCUUUCUCUACAUAACUACCCUCUCUUCAUACAAUAAGGCUGCUCUGCAUAUUACAGGUGUCUUGAGCUUGAUUCUGCCUCUUCUGUUCGAGAACAAGUGCGCGCCUGUAGAAGCUGGCCUGCUGCAAGACUUGGCUAACGACCUGGUGCAAUAUGGCAUCAACAAGCUCGACGAUGCUUACUACCUCUUCCGCAAGGCUGCAUCCUCGGAACAAGCCGCCGAGUUCCUUUUGCGCGGCAUGCGAUCGUCUCGCGAUCCGCCUUUUAUACAAUUCGACCUAUCUCUGCAUGGAUUCAGCGCCGUCGAACUCCCAGACAUUGGCCGACCCUUUCCGCCCGUCUCUCCCGGCGGUGGCUAUACAUUUGCUGCAUGGGUGCGGGUGGACAAGUUUGAUGCAAACUGCCACACUACUUUGUUUGGUGCCUAUGAUGACACACAGACCUGCUUCUUAAUGGCUUACUUGGAGAGAGAUAGCCGCUGCUUCAUUUUGCAGACCUACAUGGGCCACUCGACGGGUGUUAUUCCUAGUGUAAGAUUUAAAAAAGCCCCUCGAUUUGAAGAGGGAAGAUGGUACCACAUUGCUGUUGUCCAUCGAAGGGCCAAGGCUAUUGGCAUGGGUCCUGCCAAAGCAUCCCUUUUCGUCGACGGUGAGUUUACAGAAACUAUGAAAGCCCACUACCCAUCGCAUCCCCCAGUGCUAGACAGUAGCCAGGAAAGCUUUGCCUCCAUGUCCUCGAGUAUUCCAAAGCACCACAUACUUGCGUUCCUAGGAACACCGCGGAAUCUAGCGCCUCGAUUGGGAAGAAAUGUCAUCGCUUCCAAGCUAUCGGUCGCUUCUUUCCACCUCUUUUCAGAGCCCCUCUCGGAUGAACUAAUCGCUGUCUACCACAAGCUUGGCCCCCGUUAUUGCGGCAACUUUCAAGACAAACUUGGGUCCUUCCAAACUUACAGAACCUCUGCAGAGCUUCACGUUCACAAUGAGAUACUUCACCCCGGCAAGGAAGAGCGAUCAGACAUUGUAGCGGCGAUACGCGCUCCUGCAAGUCAUCUCAUACCAGAGUCAAAGAUAAUACUAAGCUUCUCCCCAAGCUCCGUCAUGGACGACGAUGACCGAAACUCGAUUGAUGAGUCCCAACUGAUUCGGUCACUGUCGCGAGAGUCUGCCAAGACCCUUCAUAAGUAUACCCGAAUGCAUAGCACACCAAUCAUUGUCAAUGCUGCUGUCCCAUCGGUAAACGAUGCACUGUCUCAGUCACGUGGAUUUGGACGGUUGUCUGGUGACCCUGUUGUUGUCGUUCCCCAAGCCUUGGAUGAUGCCAUUUGGCGAGUCGGUGGAUGUGUUGCUGUUGGCUUGAAGCUGGUGCAAUCCGCUCAAACUCUAGAAAGCAUGCUCCGCGCCGUCAAUAUACUACUAGAAGCUGUCGGUGGCAACUGGCGCAAUUGCGAGGCCAUGGAGCAGCGCAAUGGCUUUGCUGUUCUGGCCGAGGUCAUACGCCAAAAGAUUGGAUUUACCAUGGGUGGAUUGGUCGGAAAGAAUGCUUCGUCUCUUGAUGUUACGCAGGAAGACUGCGAGGUGUUUGUUUUGCAGCUGCUGCGAGUCAUCCUCCGCUUUGUUGGAUAUGAUGAGCAGCGCCCGACCGAAUCACUCAUCAUUAACCCUCUCGCAUACAGAGUCCUUCUCGUUGACUUGGAAAUCUGGCGCAGAGCCACCUCCUUGGAGACGCAUAAGUUGUAUUACACACAAUUUAUCCAUUUUGCUCGCGGUAGCAAACAUCACCACUACAAUGCCAAACGCUUCCAUAGAAUUCGUGUGGUCAAGCGCCUCACAGACGCUCUGAAAGGCGAACGGUUCACCCCACAAACCUUCAAACUGUUUCUCGAUGCCUUUAAGACCCUCCUGUUGACCAACUUCAAUGGAGAGAAUGCGAGGUCACUUUCCCUUUUCGUCACCUACGCGCUGCAUGACAGCCGUGCAUCUUACGGUAAACGCCCAUUGCGCCCAAAAGCGAGUGUAGGCCGUAUCCGUAGAGGGACUACGCCUGGGUUAACGCCAGACGGUAAAUCACGGUCGGCUAGCCCGGCUCAAGCUGGCAGCACCGAUGGGCCGCCACUGUCUCUGCCAGACUUGGGCAUCGCCAUUCUCAAUCUCUUGGCAGAGCUGCUUUGUGAUCCACAGAACCCACACGAAGUAUUACGUUUUGCCAAGAACGUUACGGGUAAAUGGCUUCUUUACCUGCUUGCCGAACCUGAGCAGCGUGUUGUUGUGCUUGGUGCAAAGAUCCUUGCUCGAUUGCUUGUGCUGAACGGGACGCAUUACGUCAAGAAGUUUGCAGACAAGACAGGCGGUUUCAUUCUCAUGAAGAACAGGCUACGCCAUUGGUGGAACACACCAGGAAUCUGGACAAUCUGUUUUGCAAUUUUAUUUGGCCGCGAUGUGGCAACUAUAGACUUCGAGCGUGAUUUCGAUGUCUUCAACCUGGUCGAUAUAUUCAUUGCCCAUUCACCUCAGUCUGAGCUUAGAAUAUGUUAUCCAGAAGUCUUUCCUGUAAUCACCGCGAUGCUGGAGACUGGGUUGCGGGCGAUUGUUCGCGACCGGGAUCUGGCUCGAACGGAUAGCAGCGCUCCUAAACAAGAGAACGGUGAGGGUACGGUCACUCGUGGUCGGCGCAGAACGAUGUCGUUGAACGCCAAGCAGCCGGUCGUCGAUAUACGUGCGCCCCAGACAGACCGCUUGAACGAUUUCGCUGUUGUUCUAAACUCCGCCAUCCAGUUCUUAUCCGAGCUGCAUUCUCGGUCAGAAGGUUUCCGUGAUUAUGCGAACACAUCCAACUAUGUCCAGGAGUUGUUGUUCGUUCUAUACCCGGUGAUUGUGACGUCUGACAGCGUCAGUGCAGAGACUGAGCUACUUUCAAGAGGCUCAGCAUUAACGUUUGAGGGACAGGAUGUUGUCAUACAGCCGCUGUCUAGAGCCAAUAGACAGGGAGCGCCUGUGAUUCGGACCACCAACGUCAGCACCUCACCUGCACCUACGUCUCGACGCGUCCUACCUCUCCGCAAGGCAUCCUCUUUCGUGCUUGUGUCAGCAGAUAAGAAGCAAACAACUCAACAGCCAUCUCUUAACCCGAUUCUCUCGUCAAAAACCGUACCUCCCGUGCCCCUCAAGGUGGGCAGCUCUGUGGUCGAGGCUAUGCUGGAAGUUAUUCUUGAUGUGUUCAAAGAUCAGAUAUUUACACGGAAAGAUUUUCCUGGUCUGGGGCUAUUCUUAAAGACACCACCAGGCUUCCAAGAACACCAAGCAUACUUCGAAUCGUAUAUUCUACGGCAGACUUUGAUGUCCGUAAGGAAUGCAUUUCAGCUGGAUCAGAAGCUUUUGCAUGAGCCGCGAGUUCUUACAAACCUCUCGCGAUUUGUCCAGCACAUAUCUGAAGCUGUCUUCGAAGGAUGGUUCCUUGAAGGUGCAGAGCCAUUGCUCGACUUCGCUGGGUUUCUGCUCGAGUAUCUGGAGCGCCCGGACAUUGCAGCUAUCAAAUCCGUCAGACUUUGUACCCAAGCAAUUCAGUCAAUUCGAACCACCUUCUUGAAAGUCGCUCUCCUUCGGUUGGCAGAUCCAGAUGAGUCUGAAGGUGGCGCAACUACUACGGCAGUAAUCGAGAAGAUGGUAUAUUGGCAGCCCAUUAUUCUCUCAUCUGCCAACAAUGAAACCUUCUCAUUGAAGAUGAUUUGCUACCUGCUCUACUCGCAACUGUCAUCAGAGCACAUGACUGUACGCAUUGCAGCGGCGAGCUUCUGGCGAUUGCUCAUGGUCCAAAAGCCCCAUGAAACGUCCAUGAUUCUAGCCGACGCCAUUCAUGGAGACACCAAGGACCUGUAUGAUGGUUUCCAGAAGCUUGUUGAACUCGACAAUGAGACCUUCCUCGAAUGGCUUGACCUAAACAAAACUGACAUGGAUAGGUUUUUCUACGGUUCGAUGACUCGGCCGUGGGAGGAUUAUGUUCAUAGCCAGAACAAGAAGACUGAAGAAUCGUCACAGAGGCGUAUCGCGAAGCGCAAAGAGAAAUUGAAGCAAUGGCAGGCUGACGAGCUUGUGGCUGAAAGCGUGUGGAACCACCACGAGAACUCAACUAACCACUGGCGAUCGAACAUUCAUGCUUCUGAACGUAUCAAGCACCAGCGUGUUUUGCAAGAUCAGCAAGAUAAUGCUACUUUCAUGACAACAGUCCUGGCAAAAUUAGACCACCAGCUCAAAGGCCCAUGUGGUCUUUUUGAGAACAGUCCACCUGCUAGAUGGCGGCUCGAUGAAACUGAAGGCCGUGAUCGAAAGCGUCUGCGCAUCAUUAUCGACAACACCAGCCGCGAACAGACCUUUCAGCCCAAGCGCAAAGAUACCGAUUCGCGAGAGAAACUCAAACUGGAAACUGUUGUGCCUGCCAUAACAGCUAAAGAAGCCGUGGGAGCCACACCCGUUGAUGGCCGAUCAGUGAGAUCAUUAUCCACAGCGACUGCAUCAGGUGACCCCAUAGAGGAAGCAGAAUCAGCUAGCGACGAUGACUUUGAAAUGGUUGAAGCCAUGUAUGAGGACGAGGAUGGUUUCGAGGAUAAGAAUCGCAAAGUUAUGCGUAGCCUUAAUCGUGGUGAUCAGGUCCAGUACGUCUGCAAUAUUUCACGGGUAGUGGGCCUUGAAGCUAUAGAAGGUCUUCUCAUCGUAGGAAAGGAUUGUCUCUAUCUUCUAGAUGACUUCUUCCAAAGAUCUGACGGCGAAAUCGUGCGUGUAUGGCAGGCACCGCCCGAUGAGCGCGACCCAUAUGUGCAGGUCAUUGCUGGCAAAGAAGCUGUGACCAAUCGUCGCCCACCGCCUAGAAGUCAAGAAGAGGCAGUGAGGAAUUGGAAAUGGACUGAAGUGAUCAGCAUCUCGAAGCGGCGCUUCCUACACAGAGACGUGGGCAUCGAAAUCUUCUUUGAUGAUGGACGCAGCUACCUCCUAACAGCCAUUUCUGCACAAGCUCGCAACGACAUACAUUCCCGUGUCCUUCAACGAGCAUCACAUGUUGCAAACCCAGACAAGCUUGCGAACACAGAGAUUUCAUGGCGCCUCGAUUCCUUGCGUAACCCUGAAGAAGCGCCCCAGACGCUUGGAUCACGCUUUGUGUCUGCUUUUGGUUCGGGUUCGUCACAUCCAGCAACGAAGAAGUGGUUGAAAGGCGAGAUGUCCAAUUUCCAUUAUCUCAUGUUUGUUAAUACGCUUGCUGGAAGGACCUUCAACGAUCUCACCCAAUACCCUGUUUUUCCCUGGGUGCUUUCGAACUAUCACAGUGACGAGCUGGAUUUGAGCGAUCCGAGCAACUUUCGUGAUCUGCGGAAGCCUAUUGGUAUUCAAGAUCCCAAACAGGAACAUCUGAUCAGGGAGAGGUUCGCUUCCUUCGCCGAGAUGGGUGACGCCAAUCACGCCUUCCAUUAUGGCACCCACUAUUCUUCUGCCAUGACUGUAGCAUCCUAUCUUAUGCGCCUUCAGCCGUUUAGCGCAGCGUUCUUCCUGAUCCAAGGCGGCACAUGGGAUCACGCUGAUCGCAUGUUCUACUCGAUCCAGAACGUAUGGGAGUCGGUAUCAGCCAAGAACAUGGCUGAUGUGCGCGAGCUUACGCCCGAGUUCUAUUUCCUGCCAGACUUCCUGACAAAUGUCAACGGAUACAACUUCGGUCUGCGUUCCGACGGCUCCACCAUCGACAACGUCAAAUUGCCUCCGUGGGCCAAGGGCGAUCCUGCAAUCUUCAUUGCGAAACAGCGUGAGGCAUUGGAGAGUCCAUACGUCAGCCAGAAUUUACACCACUGGAUCGAUUUGAUCUUCGGAUACAAACAACGGGGAGAGGCGGCUAUUGAAGCUGCCAAUGUGUUCCAUUACAUGACUUACCAGGGUGCAAUCGACCUUGACUCUAUAACUGAUGAGAAGGAGCGAGCGCAAAAGAUCAGUGUUAUCAACAAUUUUGGUCAGACGCCUCCACAGGUCUUCCAGAGGCCACAUCCCCAGAAGGACAAUGUCACCAGACCCACCAGGCUCGAUACCUCGGCAGAGAGUUUGCAUCGCGUACCAGGCACGCUACUCGAAGCUCAUGAUCGCAUUUCAUCUCUAAACUACACCAGCAAGAGUGAUAAGCUUCUGUGUGCCGCACCGUUCCGCCAAAAUAUCCCCCCUAACCAUGAUCGGUAUAUGGAGUGGGGCUUCACGGAUGGUAGCGUUCGUUUCUACGAGUCGCACUCCAAGAAGCUGGUUGGGCUGUUUGAACAUUUACACUCUGGACAAUUGACAACUUCGCAUUUCGUUGAUGGCCGGACGUUGAUCACAGCGGGAACAGAUUGUACCCUCGCCAUAUGGACUGUUAACAAAGGCGAGCGAGGCCGUACCGAGCUCCAGAACGCCACUACACUCUUCGGCCACAAAUCGCCAGUUGUGACGCUUGCUGCUAGUCGUGCAUUCUCCGCAUUCCUGUCUGCUUCGCUUGAUGGGCGUGUGUUCCUUUGGGACCUUAAUCGCAACGAGUUCGUACGAGAGCUUGCCCUAGGCGCAGAGCACAAGCGAGAUCCUGUGCCAGUUCAAGCAGCCAGGAUCAACAGUGUCACAGGCAACAUUGUACUCGCCUGUGGAAACCGGCUUAUUGUCGCCACACUCAACGGUGCCAUAUUGCUUAACGAAGACAUUUGCGACAGUGAAGAUGAGGGAGACUACAUUACAACUGUAGCAGUCUACGAAGGGGUGGGCAACGAAUGGUGUGAACGUGAACUUAUCUUCACGGGGCAUCGAAGAGGAAUAGUAAAGAUUUUCCACCUAACGCCAACACCUUCGACUUUGCCAUCCUCGACCCCGACAACCGCUAAAUGGUCUGCGAACCUGAUCAAUGUCCUGAACCACGGCGAUCCUGUGAUGCUGGCUUCAACAGCACCCAUCACAUGCAUACUGCCUAUGCCUCAUCACGUCUACACGGGUGAUGAGGAUGGUAGAGUGUACGAAUGGGACUGCGUGCAUCGCCAACAUUGA